UGCAUUAAACUUGAGGACUGAACUAGCUUUUGUUGAAUAGACAUUUAUGCAGUUGACUAACAAGGAAAAUUGGAUUUGGCUGAAGAUGUGGAAGAUAGAGUCAGACAUAGAACGAAUGUCAGAUGAAUAUGGCCUCUCUAAUGCAUCCGGGGAUAUCCAUAAAAUAGUACGAAGACGACUUCGACGAGAGGAAGAUCUUGCUGUGGAGAAUAUAUUCUCUAUUCUUCCCUUCUACGUUCAGGAUAUUAUCAAGCGCCAUCUCUUAUUGCCUAAACUAAAGGAAGUGCCAACGCUUCGAGAUAUGGACCAAGAGGUGUUGGAUGCAAUCUUGAAGGAUCUUGAGCAAGUAAUGUAUGAUGGAGGCAACUAUAUUAUUCGAGAGGGGGAGCCACUUGAUAUGAUGAUCAUCAUCUCACGGGGCAGUGUUCUUACCUACAACACUACUAGUACUGGCCAUGGUGGAGUAGGAAGUGGCUUGUCAAACACUAUAGGUUGUCUUACCGGGGGUGAUCUCUAUGGACAAGAACUUAUGAGUUGGGCAGCGAAAUCAACCUCCUUUUCCGACUUGCCCAUCUCCAACAAAACUCUCAAGUCUCAUAAAAAGGUUGAAGUCUUUGCCAUAAGAGCUUCUGAUUUACUGCUUAUUGUCUCUGAACACAAGACAGAGACACAGCGCGACACUCUUAUUGAGAUAAAUGAACAUGGCAAUUCUUAAGUUAUUACAUGCAAUAUUGUGCAAAGUCAGGUACCCACUUGUUAUCUAGCUAGCUAUAAGGCCUUUGUUAAUUAUCUAUAACCAGAUUUUUGUGAAACCAGUUAUAUAAAGUUUGUACAUUAUUAUUGUUUGCAUAAUUAGGAGUAUCCUUAAUCUUAGAUUUUAGAGACUAUUAGGACGGGCACAGCCCUCCGUUUGUAUAAUUCUUACAUGUAGCUAGCACACAUGUAUUUUCGACAGAAAAUAAUUAUAGCGUCGGUUCAUCUUA